AUGUCUUCUCCACCCGAACCGUCGGGCACGGCUGGCACCUUCAGACUCUUCGACCUCCCUCGUGAAAUUCUACUACACAUCAUCGAUCUCGCUGUCGUUCAGAGCGAGCCAAUCGUCAUCAGAAUAAUCUAUUACCCCGACAACAGGUCACUAACAUCCUCUCAAAGGGCAUACAGGGCCUUGAUGACGGGUGAGAACCAGCCAGCAAUAUCCAAGACGUGCCGCGCUUUGCGGAAAGAUGCUAUCAAGGCUUUCUACAGACUUAAUGAGUUUCAGGCCGACCACUGCACGCACUCUGAUCAUGAGUAUUGGCCCGUCUUUCGAGACUGGCUGGACAGGAUUGGUGCCAAUCGAAGAUACUUGAGAAACUUGCGUACACGCGACUGGAUGUCGUACAAUUACGGGCCAGUGGGUGGCUCCGAUGGAUGUUUGGAGCGUUGUCGGUCCAAGCUCGGAGCGAAAGGAGCUGUCAUCACAAAGGUGGAAGGGGAGGAUUACACAUGGAUGGUCUGCUUCCCCGAGGUCACGGAUUAG